AUGAAUACUGAAUUACCAAGCACAUAUUUCCUUUCACCUGAGCAACGACAGUUCUAUGAGGAAAAUGGAUAUUUGGUGAUCAAAGGAUUUAUAGAUUUUGCUUCUUUAUAUACUUAUAAGCAAAGAUUUAGUCAAAUUACUAGCAGGAAUGUAGAUAGAGGUUCGAUGAGAAUUGUUAAAGAAAAAAAAUUAAUAUCACAAGGUUUAACAGGCGAAGAUGUGAUCAACAAGAUCAGCGAAAUACACUACGAUGAAGUGUUCAUGUCGUAUACAGAACACCCUCGAUUGAUCCAUGUUAUAUCGCAAUUCAUCGGAGACGACAUGCGUGUAAUGAACAGUAUGGUAAUAAAUAAGCCGCCUGGAAGCGUCAGUCAUCCUCCACAUCAGGAUUUAUUCUACUUUCCAUUUCGACCCGCGGAGAAAAUAAUAGCGGCGUGGACCGCCGUCGACGACGCCACGAUAGAGAACGGCUGUCUGUACAUCGUGCCCAAGUCCCACAAACGUAACAUCAUGUAUAAACAUGGAAACAUCGAAGAUGCUACCAACGUAUUGUACCACGGGAUUCUGGAUCAAGCUGUGGCCUCUGAGCCCCGGUUUUACUUGGAAAUGAGUCCGGGGGAUACGGUGUUCUUCCAUCCCCUAGUAGUCCAUGGGUCAGGACCUAAUACCACUCAGCGCUACCGCAAGUCGAUGACGGCGCACUACGCCGCCGCGGACGUGCACUACAUAGACGUGCGCGGCUCCAUACAGGAGGACCUCGCCAAGGAGACGGAGGAGCUGGUCAAGAAAUAUGGCUUACAUAUGUCCUAUGCGGAGUUAUGGCAGUUGAAAAGCAAGGAGGUGACACGCGUUAAGUCCAAGCUA